AGCUCUUGGAGGCCAGUAGGGCCUGGACUCCACUGAGUAUCUGUUGCCGUCAUGUCGGCUGCGAUUGCAGCUCUGGCCGCUUCCUAUGGUUCGGGUUCAGGGUCCGAAUCGGACUCGGACAGUGAGGGCGGAAGGUGUUCACUGCCAGCCGCGGACUCCCUCAUGCACUUGACUAAAUCGCCUUCGGCCAAGCCCUCUCUGGCGGUGGCCGUGGACUCCGCUCCGGAGGUGGCAGUUAAGGAAGAUUUGGAGACUGGAGUUCACCUUGACCCUGCUGUCAAAGAGGUUCAGUAUAAUCCUACCUAUGAGACCAUGUUUGCUCCUGAGUUUGGACCAGAAAACCCCUUUAGGACGCAGCAAAUGGCUGCCCCUAGAAAUAUGCUUUCUGGAUAUGCUGAACCAGCUCACAUCAAUGACUUUAUGUUUGAACAGCAAAGAAGAACUUUUGCCACAUAUGGUUAUGCAUUGGACCCUUCAUUAGAUAAUCAUCAGGUAUCUACUAAGUAUAUUGGUUCUGUAGAAGAAGCUGAAAAAAAUCAAGGUUUAACUGUUUUUGAAACUGGUCAGAAGAAAACAGAAAAGAGGAAAAAAUUCAAAGAAAAUGAUGCAUCUAAUAUUGAUGGUUUCUUGGGACCGUGGGCAAAAUAUGUGGAUGAAAAAGAUGUAGCCAAACCUUCAGAAGAAGAACAAAAAGAAUUGGAUGAAAUCACAGCAAAGAGGCAGAAAAAAGGCAAACAGGAAGAAGAGAAACCUGGGGAGGAAAAGACUAUAUUACAUGUUAAAGAAAUGUAUGACUAUCAAGGCAGAUCCUAUCUUCACAUACCUCAGGAUGUUGGUGUUAAUCUGAGGUCAACUGUGCCACCUGAGAAGUGUUAUCUUCCCAAAAAACAAAUUCAUGUGUGGUCUGGACACACCAAGGGUGUCAGUGCAGUCAGAUUGUUUCCUCUCUCCGGCCAUUUGUUGCUGUCUUGUUCCAUGGACUGUAAAAUUAAGCUAUGGGAGGUUUAUGGAGACAGGCGCUGUCUGCGAACAUUUAUUGGUCACAGUAAAGCUGUUAGGGACAUCUGCUUUAAUACUGCAGGAACACAGUUCCUCAGCGCAGCUUAUGAUAGGUAUCUUAAGCUCUGGGACACUGAAACAGGACAGUGCAUAUCAAGAUUUACAAACCGAAAAGUACCCUAUUGUGUCAAAUUUAAUCCUGAUGAAGAUAAACAAAACCUUUUUGUGGCUGGGAUGUCUGAUAAAAAGAUUGUGCAGUGGGACAUUCGAAGUGGAGAAAUUGUGCAAGAAUAUGAUCGGCAUUUGGGUGCUGUCAACACCAUUGUCUUUGUCGAUGAAAACAGAAGAUUUGUGAGCACAUCUGAUGAUAAAAGCUUAAGAGUUUGGGAAUGGGAUAUCCCUGUGGAUUUCAAGUAUAUAGCAGAACCUAGUAUGCACUCUAUGCCUGCAGUGACUUUGUCUCCAAAUGGGAAAUGGCUAGCAUGCCAAUCAAUGGACAACCAGAUUUUAAUUUUUGGAGCACAGAACAGAUUUAGAUUAAAUAAGAAAAAAAUUUUUAAAGGCCAUAUGGUAGCAGGCUAUGCAUGUCAAGUGGACUUUUCACCAGAUAUGAGCUAUGUGAUUUCAGGAGAUGGAAAUGGAAAAUUAAAUAUCUGGGACUGGAAGACCACAAAACUCUACAGUAGAUUUAAAGCUCAUGAUAAAGUGUGUAUAGGUGCAGUGUGGCAUCCUCAUGAAACAUCUAAAGUCAUAACUUGUGGUUGGGACGGUCUCAUUAAAUUGUGGGAUUAAUGGAAUUAAUCGUUAAACUAUCUAGGAUCAUUUUUGAUCCAAUAUCAUAUUUAACUAUAUUUAAUUAUUAAAUGUGUUGGAUGACAACAUGAUUUACAAAUUAUGAUUUUCUUACAUGGCCCUAUGACGUUGACUCAUUGUUUAAAAAAAAAAAACUUUGUAAAUUUGACUCAUGUAAUUUCAUCAGCAACUUCAUUUUGUUCUUUAUACAUGUUAUUUAUACAGAGAAUAACCACUGACUUUGUAUUUGAUAAGUAGUUGUUGUUGGCAGACAGUUUGGGUCUCUCCUUUCCUUACUGAAAGGAUCCCUUUGGAGCUGAUAUAAUUUAAUGUGAAUCUGAAAGAAGGAUAAAACUACCCACAGUUACUGUUGCCAUUAUUUUCAGUGGGUCAAGUUUUAAUCUUUUGGAUUCAGGCGUUCCACUAUUUUUUAAUGACAUAUGUUGUGUCCGUUUAGUUGUAAGCCAGCAAUCUUCUCUGACUGCAGCAUUCCUCUAAUUAUUAAACACUGUAAAAUAAAAAUCAGUCCAGAGUUCUUUCCUUGACUUUCUUCUUAAUCAGUAUAAACAGAACUAUAUAAUCAGAGAAUUACAUUAUUUUUUGAAGAUGAAACUCAAGAGAAUGAAUCAAGACCUUGAAUUAUAUUUGUACUUACUAUCCAGUAUGGACCUGGCUAUACUCUGAGAAAUCAGGGUCUCCCAGGUCAUUGCUUCACAGCACAGAUGUUACUACUGAAGUACUCCUUAUAGGAGAUCGGAUAUGAGGGCAUAGUUCAAAAGGUCAGCUUGUAAUUUCUUUGAAGUUGUAUGUUUUAUCUUUGAAAUUAGUCUGACUUUGUUUGUGAAUAUUAUUCUACAGAAUGUUUUAAGAACAGAAAAAUUUUGAGCUUCUUUCCAAAUCUGGGUAAAAUUGACACUCCAGGAAGAUGGCUAGCAUUCCCAGUUUGAGAAGCAGGAACUGGGAUUGGUUUAAAAAAAUUUUUUUUAAACUUUAGAUUGUGAAAUCAAAAUAGCCUUUUGAAUAUAGUAGCUAACAGCACUUUACUUUGAAAAGGCUUUUUUCUGUUUUAUUACAAAUCUAUCAGAUGUUUGACUAUGGUAUGAAAUAUUUUAAUAUCAUGCUGUAAAAAACUGGUUCAUAGCUGCUCAGAGUGCUGACUGGGAGACCAAAAUCAUGGUAAAUGUUGAUUUCCUAGGGACAUUAGCUCUGAGUCCUCUGCUAUCAAGAGCAGUUCAUGCUCCUUGCCUUUAGAACUUUUUUUUCCAGCCUUGCCUGUGGCAUGCAGAAGUUCCCAGGCCAGGGAUCAAAACGGCACCACAACUGUGAAAAUGCCAGAUCCUUAACCUGCUAGGCCACCAGGGAACUCCAGAACUUCCCUUUUUAAACAUUAAAAUCUUAAAAGGCCUGGUAUAAAUGACCAGGUGCUAUAGCCACAUAUAAAUAAAUUUCAAGGAAGAAAAUAGAAAAAGAAAAAGUAGUAGAGAUGUAUUUUUGGAUGCACAGGCAGUAAGAGGAAUAAGGAUACACUGCCUAGCUGCUGCUGUUUCUAUUUCUUUAUCUUAUGGGAAGGGUGGCUGCCAUUUCCUAAAGAGGAAGGAAUUCAGAUAAGAACUUUUCUUUAGUCCCAGCCACUGGUUUUAACAAAUGUGAAUUAUGGAAAUAUGAUGGGACAAAAAGAAUUAAUCAUACAUUUGAACUAUCUUGUUCAGCACCAGUAUUGUGUAUGUUACAAAUCAUAAUUUCUAAAUCUGGGUUUAUUUUAUUGUAUUUUUAACUGUUUCUAAACUAAGGAACUGUAUAGAAAAACUGUCUCUUUUUUAAAAAUAUCAUAUUUUUAAAUAAAGCAUUUUUUGUAGAAAGUGUUAUCAAAA